AUGACAUUGACGAGAGUGAAAUCUCUAGUAGUCAUCCUUAUUAUGUCUCUGCUCCUCAGCUGGGUUUCACUUGGAGAAGCCAAAGCAGAGCAUGAAAAGGCAUUUACGAAUGUGAUCAAAAUCCAAGGAAUUCUGUAUUGCACUUUCAAUGGCACAAAAGGUCCCAAGGGCAAAGCGACUCGUGUUUUCUCUGGUGCUGAUGUGCAGCUUAGGUGUGACGGGAAAUUGGUAUUGUCGACAAAAACAAAUGGAAGAGGGAAGUUUGUAAUAGUUGUAGAUCCACUUGAAAUUUUGGUAUCUUCACUCCUGUCAAGAUGUGACUUGUUUGUGCCUACGCCACUCAGUACUUGCGACGCCACGCUUCCCACUGUCGGAGGACUCCUCUCCACCCUCAUUUUCCUGGUCAACUCCAUCCUUAGACACCUUCUCGUUACCAUUCUUGGCCCUUCUGGCUUUCACUACGCCCCCUCCAUUUAG